AUGAAGGAGAAGAAACCCUGGAAAUUUCAGGUGGACACCUAUGCACUCUGUGGAAUCAUACACCAGAUGAUGCACAACACCGACAUGGAGGUCAUAAAGAGACCAUCAAGGGACGGUGGACAGAUUAAUUUACCGAAUGGUUUGUUAAGUAGGGAAUUGGAUCUGAUGCCGGAUCUGUGGACGGAGCUGUUCACGAAGCUGUUGAACAGAGAUGCCUGUGAAGAUGACACAGAGACGCUGAGGAAUAUCAGAAGGUCAUUGGAGUUUUAUCUAUACUCCGAUUGCAGGAUCAUGGAGCACCUUAACGGGUUACUUGCAAAACAACGUGUACAAGUUAACGAGUUCCUUGCAAAACAACGUGUUUAA